GCAACUGAAAAAAUCGAACCGCGGAAAGAAAAUGCUAACAAUCCAUCACUAGACAUGGACUUCGUACUUCAUUGUGCUGUCUGCGCAUUAGAGUUUCCAGCCAAACAAAUCUUGAAACAUAUGGACCGGUGUUUUGUACGCAUUGAAAAGCAAAGUUGCUAUGGCACGCCAAAUAAGUCAACAGUCAAUCCUUAUGAUUUAUUUUGUGAGCAGUUUAAUAAGGCCAAUAACACUUAUUGUAAGCGCCUUCGUGUAUUAUGUAGUGAACAUUACAAGCCUUCUGAGGAUGUUACAAAGGUAUGUGGUUACCCGUUUUCAUGGAGCAAAAGUGAACAUCGUCCUGUCAUUAAAGCAUUUGAAAAUCUGGAUGGUCUGUUGCGAGAAGGAUUUUGCUAUCAGCGACGUAAAGAUUGUCUUCAGCAUCAUAACUGGAUACAAAAUGCCUUGGGACUAAUCAGUGUGGAAAUGCUCAAUCUUUUGAUCAAAUUGGAUGAGUGGUUUGAACGGAAGCGUGCUCUCAAUGUCAUGGAAACCAUGCGUGGUGAUGUACUCUCUCUUCUUUGUAAUAAAACUGUUCGUUGUGAUGUAUCAGAGGAUGAAAACUCUGAAGAUAUGACAGUAGACGUCGUGUCAGAUGGUUAA